AUGUGGCUACCAUUUGGGCUCGUGCUGAUGAUCACGGGAGCUCUCUCGUCUACUCCUUCUAAGUUUACGGGCUUGGAGUGCCAAAUUUUGGAUCCUGACUAUUUCACCUACAGCCAAUGCAAGCUGAAAGUGCUAGGACGCGGUAUUAUCGGCCUGAAUGUGCACGCAAGGAUGUAUCAGGGGCCACUCAAGAAUGCAAAAGUAAAUCUCAGCCUGUUUCGCAAAUUCAGCGGCUAUCGGCCAUUUAUGUUCAACACCACCUUCGACUUUUGCAAGUUAAUGGCCACGUCCAAUCAGAAAUUAUCGUUUAAAAAGAUCAUUUUUGACGUUUUAUCGAAAAAUUCGAACAUGAAUCAUUCGUGUCCAUAUGAUCAUGAUUUUAUUGUGCGCGACUUGGUAUUUAAGCCAGAAUAUUUCGAAUUUCUGCCACUGCCGACUGGCGAAUAUAGACUACAGAUUAUGGCGGCUACCAACAACCAGUGGAAAACGUCUAUCAAAGUAAACAUUUUGAUUAUAGAAGAUUAA